UACUAUAACAUGUGGGUCUCGCUUGGCGGUGCAUUACUUUGCAUUGUUGUGAUGUUCAUCAUCAGUUGGGCUACGGCGUUGAUAACCUUCUUCUGUUUCGCAGCAUUGUUCCUCUACAUCUUGCAUCGAAAACCGGAUGUGAACUGGGGCUCAUCUACUCAAGCUCAUAGUUAUAAGAAUGCUCUUGCCGGGAUGAUCAAGUUAUCACACACUGAGGAGCAUGUCAAAAAUUAUAGGCCACAGCUGUUAGUUUUGUGUGGAAACGCAGCUGCGAGACCAUCACUGAUUGAUUUUGCAUACAACAUUACCAAAGGGUCAUCUUUGAUGAUCUGCGGAUAUGUUGUUCCGUAUAAUCCUUCUGAUCGCGUACAUUCUGUUAUGCGGAAGUUAGAACGUCAACUAAGCGAAUGGUUGCAAAAGAGACGAGUGAAGGCUUUCUACGCUGCCAUUGCAAACGUCAGUCUUCGCGCUGGUGCCCAAUCUUUACUUCAGAAGUUUAGGGAUGCGUUUGAUAGCAAUAUGGCAGUCUGCGUACUUCGAAAUGGAAGUAUGGGUCUUGACUUUAGCGAAGCUAUGAAACUUUUGAAUGUAGGAGAAUCUAAACGCCUGGAUAUAAAUCUGGAUGAAAACGCUGGAGAAAAAGAAAAGUGGGUUACAUUUUUAUUCGUAAUUUCCAAAUAG